UGUUUCUGUGGAACAUGGCUGCCCACGCGGAUAGCAGUAGGUCCGCGGCUUUUUACCGUUAUCGCGUAAAAAUGACGCGUUAUCAUUGAUUCAUCGGCUCAAGAUCCUGAGUAUCUCUAGAGCGUUUAGCGGACUUUUACUUUUUUCGUCUUUGAUCUUUGAUGCUGACGUGGAGUCGCAGGCGACGCAAAAUUAUAACUUCGGAAAAAGGAGUUUUUGUACAAAAAUGACAAGAGAUUAUAGUAAAAUAGUAUAAAUAGUGAUAUUAGAACAUAGACAGUAUGAUUUACUGUUAAGCCUGUGAAAUACCAAGUUUGAAGAAAUGGCUAACUAUGAGAGGAGUCGUGGUAACAAUGCCAAUGGUGGCAUUGGAAAUGACCGUGGAGUUGACUGGUCUAGAUAUGGACUUGGAAGCACAGAAAAUCGAAGACCCUCUCAGAGUGGAAGCAGAGGACACGAGGAAUUGGGACCAGAAAUGUAUCAAACUGGCACAAAUGAAUUGUUCGCACAAGAAUUUAAUUCGGAUCCUUGGUGGAAAUCAAACUUCUUUAUAUCCCAGCCAGUUUUAUUUGGCACCUGGGAUGGUGUCUUUACUUCAUGUCUAAUCAAUAUUUUUGGAGUGAUAGUUUUUUUGAGAUCUGGCUGGAUCGUAGGUCAGGCAGGUGCAUUGAAUGCUGUAUUUAUAAUAUUUUGUACAGUUUGUGUUGCAUUGGUGUCAGUACUUUCAGCCGUUGGAAUUUGUGAGAGAUGUAGGGUGGAAAGUGGAGGAGUAUAUUUUUUACUAUCACAUGUGUUGGGUUCAAGAUUUGGAGGAUCCAUUGGUUUAUUAUACUGUUUUGGACAGGCAGUUGGAUGCGCCUUAAACGUUUUAGGUUUUGGUGAAUCCAUGGCUGGACUUGUUGGUCUUACUGGCCUUCAAUUGGCUUGGGGUCAAAGAGGCUUUGCUUGUGCUGCAGUGAUACUUUUGUCUGUAAUAAAUGUAGCUGGAGUAAAGUGGGUUAUUAAACUCCAGUUUAUGCUUUUAUUGAUUUUAUUGUUUGCUGGACUUGAUUUUAUUGUUGGAAGUUUUACGCACAUAGAGCCAACGGCUGGAUUUGUUGGAUGGUCGACUGAAAUUUUAAAAAACAACACUUUUCCUGAUUAUGAAGAGAACGUUAGUUGGUUCACCGUUUUCGGUGUUUUCUUUCCUACUGUCACUGGCGUACUUGCCGGAAUCAAUAUGAGCGGUGAUUUGAAACAUCCGUCGACCGAUAUUCCUAACGGUACUCUGGCUGCAUUAGGUCUUAGUACAAUUAUGUAUCUGUGCUUCUCCUUAUUCCUUGCAUCAACGUGCACGAGAAUAACUCUGCAAUCAAACUUUAUGAUUGCCUCGACUGUUUCCGCCUUUUCCGUUCUCCUGCUUGCUGGUCUUUACGUUUCAUCAUUCAGCAGCUGCUUAGGUGCGAUGUAUGGGACACCUCGCGUUCUACAAUCGAUCGCCAGUCAGAACGUCAUUCCUGGAAUAAGCUGCUUACAAAGAGGCAGAGGUCCCAACAAGGUGCCGAUUUACGCAAUGUUGGUCGUGGCUGUUGUUACAUUAACGUUCAUCAUCACCGGAGAAAUUAAUACUCUAGCACCUAUCGUAACAAUGCCAUUCUUGCUGACAUAUGCUUGUAUGGAUUAUGCAUAUUUUGCACUUGCGCAAACGUUCGACUUGAGGCAUUCACGCGAACAGAGAUUCUCGGCGCAGUCCCCAUCCGCGGAUAGAAAUUACGGCACUUCGGAUAGAAAUGUCUUGGUUGAGACUGAAAAUGACCUUGAUAGUCUGUUCCCAGAAAGAACUAGACACAAGAAUCUAGUUCAGAGGAACGCAAGCGUUGAAAGCAAUGGUUAUGUAGAUUCGUCGCCGAGUAUAGAAGACAAUAACAGUGUUACGAGUGAAGUACAAAGAAAAGUCCAUAUUCAUGGUAAAUUAGGAAAUUGGUACAGCCCAUUUUGCAAUAGAUGGUUUUCUCUUUUGGGCGCCUUGGUCAAACUGUUGAUAAUGUUUUUGGUUCACUGGGGAUAUGCUUUAGCGAAUAUAAUUGUUUGUUUCCUUGUUUGGAGUUAUAUCGGUCAUGCGAAUCCCGCUGUUAAACCUGGGGUAUCAGCCGAGUUCAAAUUUUUUGAGUGGCUGAAAAAUGCACUUCUCAGGAUAAUGGGGAGAAAAGUGUACGAUUAUGAGCAGAUUGUGGUAACGCCAGUUCAUCCUGGCGUAGAGACGUGUUCUGCCCAGCUGAAUGAAGAGAACGAAGACUUUGCAGGAAGAAGGCGAUAUCAUCAAAUUGCUAACGUCACAGGUCAAUAUGUCACUGUUGAGUAAUUAGUCUUCUCAAAAAUGAAACUUUUGCAAUCUACAAAGUAUUUUUCGAAAAGCGAUCGCAAUUUUCACGAGGCAGCUUACUACAGUGAGAGUCCGUUCGUUGAGUGAACAAAAUAAUGAUAAUCACUUAUGAAUUAAGGAUGCGUAUAACUCUUAAGGGAAAAAUAACUACAAGCUGAGACAAACGUUUCACACAAUUAAUCUUAAUUAAUCUAAUUUUAUAGCUUCUUUUCCCACGAGAGACAAAACAAAACUUGCUAGACUUACGCACACAGCCUAACGUUUUUACUGCCCUUUUAAAGUGUAUUGCGUUCUCGUACGUACAUAACUGUUUAACCAAAGAAAACGAGGGUCCACUUUGACGUAUGUUUUCACCGCUUGAUUAUCGUCUUACAGUACUAUCGCGAGAUUAUGUAUUUAUUUAUACGACGUACGUAAAAGAAAUAAACUAUAGAAAUUUAUAUAUAUACAUAACAAAAAUGAAAUUACGACGUUACCUAUAUACAACAACUUGUACUUUUGCAGACAACGUUAUUUGUAAUACUCUGUAUAAUAAUUAAGGCAUAAUAUAUUGUAUGUUUAUACGAUAUUGUUUUUCGCGUUAAUUCGUCAUAAAAGUUCUUCUACUGUCAUAAUCAACAUUCUUGCCAUAAAAUAUUUCUUUAUAUCGUUGAAAAUUAUGAAUAACAUCCUUAUUCAUUUUUAUGCAGUGAUGAUUCUUCUUUGUAAAUAAUUAUUGCUGUGAGACUAACAUAAUAAUGAAUCUUUAUACAGAAAAACGAAUUCUAAAGAAUUUGUAAAAAUGUCUGAAUUAAAAGCAAAUAAACAAAUUAUACAAGAACGACUAACAAAA